AACCAGCACCGCCCCCCUCCGCGCCCCCGAGCUUCGGACUUCGAUCUUCGGCACCAUCUGUCGACGAGCGGCGGCGACGACUCCCCGCGUCAGGCUCCGUCCUCGCUGGGCUGGCCAUCUACGACACCAUGCAGCACAUCAAGUCGCCGGUCGUCACGAUCAACGUCGGCAUGGCAGCAUCCAUGGCUUCCUUCCUGCUGGCCUCUGGCGAGAAGGGCAAGCGCAUCGCCCUGCCGCACAGUCGCGUGAUGCUGCACCAGGCCAUGGGCGGCGCGCAGGGCCAGGCCGAGGACAUCAAGGUCGAGGCGGAGCAGAUCCUGCAGAUCAACCGGAACAUCGUGCGGAUGUACGCCAGCAAGACGGGCCAGGAUGAGGCCAAGAUCAGCGAGGACUUGCAGCGCGACAACUUCAUGGACGCCGAGACGGCGAAAAGCUACGGUAUCAUUGACCAGGUCAUCAAGCUGCAGGACAUCGGCUUGGAGAAGCGCGACGCGGAGACGCGGCGACGGCGGGGGAGGCGCCGAAGGGGGCGGACGCACCCUCGCCGGAGGCACCAGAGGAGAAGCCGAAGUCCGCCACGUCCGACGACGACAUCGAGACGAAGUCCGUGAGCUGAUGCCGCGCAUGACGUCCCGCCGCAGCGUGGCGAGCAGCGCCAGGCAGUUGCGCCGCGCGCGGGCUGCGGGCGCCGCGCUGAGACGUCGGCGGCGGCGGCGACCAAGAGAAGGAUGAGGAUGUUGAGAGUGAGGAUGAGGACGACGAUGGUGCCGCUGAUGAGGACAGCGGGGGGACUAUGCGCAGCCGGCGGUGACGCGGCGUCGGCUCGCCUUGGCGCCGCGCGUCCACGCCCUGAUGCAUGGGCCCGCCCAGCCCACGUCUUGUGGCACCGUCGAGCGGCCAGCCGUCAUCGGCGUAUCUCUGCGGGCCAGAAGCGUCUCCUCCCUCCUCCUCGCUGACGUCGACGAUGACGGUGACGAUGACGAUGCUUCUUGAAUGCUGAGCGCACUGUGCAUUCGUGACUAUGGUAUCGGGCUCGCCCAGUGCUUUGGCGACGCUGGGCUGCAGACCUGGUGCCUAAGCUCGUCAUCGU